AUGGAGUUGAUCAAUUAGAAAUGCCAUAAAUAUAACGAAGGAUGGUCUGAAAGAGAAUUAUUAGCUAAACAAAAAUUGUCGACCAGAUUAACAAUUUUAACUUUGCUUUUCGCAAUAGGAUUAAUCGUAGUUUCCUUAGUGUUUUUCAAUCAAUAUUCUUUCACUAUAAUGAUACUUUUGUUAAUGUCAGCAAUAUUCUCAUUGAUUUUAUGUGGUAUCAUUUUUUAUUGGUUUAAUACAACAACAGUAAGAACAUAAGAUGAUCAUUAGUAAACACAUGAAGUCUUGGAUGUGGAUUAAAGAUUCUCCAUUGUAGUAUUUUUGGGAUCAUUCUUAAACAUUUUAUUUAACUGUUUUUUAUUAGUGUUCAUAGUAUUUUGGUAUAGGAUUGGGAAAGAUUUUUAUUUAGCAAGACAUUAUGAUAGUUAAACAACUCCCACAUAAUACAUGAGUUAUUACACUUAUGGAUUAUACAUAGCAAUUCCAAUUGUGAUCUUAAUUAGUUUAAUGUUAAUGUACGUAGCAUUUACUAGUUAUAUCACAAUUCAAUAGAAGAAUUAGUUGAGAGUGUGCAUCUAUGUUUUUUCUUUAACAACAAUCAUCAUAGCUUCAUUUGCACUCCUUUAUUCAAAUUAAGUGUUAGCAGAUUUGGCAACUCCAUACUCUCCUAUUGCACCUAAUCGUGCAUUCACAAUCUUUUAUAUUUUAGCUGUUGGAGCAAUAAUCACAGCAUUAAUAUCUUUUUUAUUGACAUUUAUAUACAGGAAUGAUCUUUUUGAAACAGUAGGUUAUGCUAAUCUUAUCAUAAUCUUUUUGAUUGCUGCUUGUUCAUUUCAUGUCAUCAGACUCAGUGAAUAAGUCAGAACAACUUAUAUCAAUGAUUGCACUCAAUAAAUGAGAAAUACUCAUGAGAGUUGGAUGUAAGAAAAUGCCUAAUGCAAAAAAUAUUUAGAAAAAAUAUAAUGUGAACCUCAGAAUUAAGCAAUAUCAUGGGAAACAGAUUCAACUUAGAAAUGCCUGAACAUAUCUUGUUGUAAUGCAUUUUCUGAUUCGAUGUCAUAAAAUUUAUUCAAAGCUGGCUUCUCAAUCUUAUUACUUGUAAUCAGUGGAUUUGCCUUGUCUAUGGCUUUAUUGCAGGUUGAUACAAGUGUGAAAACUUAAUAAAUCCCAAAUAGAACUUUAGAUUGGAUAUUUGUUUUAUUAGCGAUAAUAAUUUUCAUCUUUUCAUUUUUAUUAGUGUUUUCUGUACCAACAUUACCCCCUUAGAUGGAUAAUAUCAUUAUUGAAAACUAAAAGGUAAUCAAAGAAAAUAAAAGUCCUCUUGUGUAUCCUACAGGAAUUGAGAAUGUAACAGGAUGUGAACCAUUGAUUAAUGUUUUCAAAUAGUAAAACAAUAACAAAGAUAUCGAUCUAAAAGGAAACUCUAGAGUUACGAUCUUGGCUCCAAAAAUGCAAGUCGUGGUCACUGAAUAUGUAAAUUCUCCCAAUGUAUCAUACAUUCCUAAAUUGAUGAUAAAGAAUAUUCUAUAUCCUUAAGCAAAUGAAAACACAGAUGGCAUGUUCGGAGUUUAAGGUAAUAAAGAUGAAAUUAAAAACAUCUUAUAAAAUCAUGUACAAAUUUGCAGUGAAGGAGAAAAAAAGAUACAAAUCGAUAUUUAUGAAAUUGAAACGGCAAAAAAUACUAGGUUAUUGUGGCAAAGACAUAGAACACAUGAAGAAGAAAAGAAAUUCUCUUAAAAUCAGAAAGAAUAUAUUAAUAAUCUUAAAUUUACAAAUCUUUAGGUCAAUAUAGUGGAUAUUUAAACUGGUUAAGAAUUAAAUGAUGUCAUUUUAUAUUUCUAUAAAAACGAAGACGAUUGCGGAAGAGUUAAACCUAUCCCAUCAAGAUUGAUUACUGUAGAUUAGGACAGUGUUUUAUAUAAUAUGGUUGUCAAAGAAUACUAUUUUGGAGCUGAGAAAAAAGGGUAUUAUUUAUAUUGUAAUAAAUUCAAAAACACUCAGGAAACCAAAAGCUUGGAAGUGACAAUGAUUCCAAGAUCCACAAUAAAGGGUUAGUUUACUGUUGUAUUGGAAACUCCAAAGCAUAAUAAAUUUGAACUGCUACUAGGUGCUUCAUACACAGAAUGUACAGUUGGUUUUUUCAAUGAAAAUUGUGGGGGUUUGAAAUUCUAUGGAAGUGAGAAUGCUCAAGCAAUCUAUGUCAAUCAAUUGGCCGAAAGAAAAUACACUUUCUUUGUUGCAUUUGACCCAAUAGAUCCAAAACUAAAAGAAUUAAAUAUUAAAAAAUAACAAGGACAUUCUAUUGACACAUCAGCUAUUGAUAAUGAUCCAAUUUUUAAAGAAAUCAAACCUGUCAUAACUCUUUAUGCAUCUGAACAAGAAAGACCCAUUAUUAGAUACUAAUUACCUUAAGUUAGCAAUCUUAAGAAUGAGCCUAAUCUGACUUGGUUAGUCCUUUGUGUAGAUGGAAGCAUAGGUGACAUUUCAUAAAAAUCACCAGCUUAAUUUUGGACUUAUUAAGCUAAUCCAAAUAAAUUAUAAAGACCAAGUAAUUCCAAAGAAAUCUACCCAUAGAUAUGCAACAAUAUAUGAUAAUAAUUUUCAUAAAUCAUAUUAAAACUAAUAUUUAGUAUUUAUAAUUAA